AUACUUUCUGUUUCUACGUCUCGACAUUCCGUCCGGCGUUGUGUGUUCGUACGAGACACAGCCAUAGCGAUUAGUUCUAUCCGUAUGGCGACCUUAACCAGUCCCGCGUUAGUUAAAUAACAAAUCUAACUGUUAAGAAACAACGUAAUAGAACAUUUAAAACGCAAAAAACAGUCAUUUUCAAUGGAUUUUAGCAAAGAAGAAUGUCUCACUUUAAUACAAAUCGUACGCGACAACGAGUUAUUAUACAACCCAUCUAGUGCGUUUUAUAGAUGUAGACAGAAAAGAGAGGAAAUUUGGAACCAGAUAUCAUCCGAAAUAAAUAAACCAGCUGCUAUUUGUAAAAAGAAAUGGAGACAUCUAAGAGAUCAUUUUCUUCGAGGUCAUCUCAGAAGAGGAAAUAGCGUUCAUUCUUGGACCUAUUACGAACCAUUAAGAUUUUUGGAAAUUCUAAGACCAACACGUCCUCCAGAUGGGAAAGCGGAAAACGGUGCCGACGACGAAGACGACGUUUUUUCGGAAACGGAAGAAGUGCAAUCUAAGAGAUCCAAAAUGGACGAUACCAAUAAAUACGUUUACGAGGAUCACGACGACAUCGGAUUGAUACCGGUGAACGUUUUAACGGAAGACAGUUGUUCGACGGACGACGUUAAUAUAGGAAAUGUACAAAACGAUAGAGACACCGAUAUGUUUAUGGUCGAAAUAUCGAACAGAAUCAAGAGGCUACCUCACCAAUUGCAAGAUAUCGCCAAAGUUAAUAUUUUAGCUCACAUAACCGAAUUGGAAUUGCAAAAUGAACAAUCCUGAUUCGAAUAAGAAUUUUACUUAAGGAUCUGGGUUCUGAAUAUAGUUACCAGGAUUCAUAAUUAUAAUAAAGAUUUAUCAUUUAAAAUUAAAAAAAAAUAAUCAUCAUACUUGGUAAUUUUAAUAUGGAUUUUUUAUUAUACAGUUUUGACUCACACUGUAUGAUAAUUUUGGACACUUUACAUGCGCGUUUUGAUUCAAUUUGCGCGAUGUUUUUUCGAUUAAACAGCAAAUUCAAGUUUCAAAAAAAAAUAAUAUACUGGGGUCGAACGGUUUGAAGUUGAUUAGGUAUAUGGUAUUCCUAAGGAGACAAAUACAGUGUAAUUGAAGUUAAAAAUUGCUUACAUGGUAUUCCCAAUGGAAAAUAUCUAAUAAGACUAAAGUUAAGUGAAAAUGAUUACAUUGUAUUCCAAAUCGAGAAAACGUGUGAUAAGAAUCAAUUGAUUUUGAUCAUACGGUAUUCCUGAUUGAAAAUAUACAGCUCAAUUAGAAUGAAUCGAAUUUGAUUGCAUGGUUUUCCAAAUAGAGAAAACGUGUGAUUAGAAUUAAAAUGAAUUAUAUGGUAUUCCAAGUGCAGCAAAUUUGGUGUGAUGGAAGUAAUUAAAAUUUAUUAUGUGGUGUCCAAAUCGAGAGAACGUAGUGUGAUUAGAAUAAAAUUGGUGAUGAUCAGAUGGUAUUCAUGAUUAGAAAUAUUUAGUCAAAUAUAAGUAAAUUGAAUUUAAUUAUGAUAUCCCUAUAUAUAGUGUGAAUACAGUGAAUGAGAAUUAGUGUACGGUAUUCUUUACAGGAUAUAUAAAUAAAUUGGAAUUGCUUAUAUGGUGGUAUAACCAAAUGGUGAAAAUGUGUGAUUAGAAUCAAUUGAAUGUGAAAAAAUGGUAUUCUUGAUUAGAAAUAUACAGUCCAAUUGAAGGAACUCGAAUUUUAUUCUUUGAUAUUCUUUAUAGAACAAUUAUUGUGUGAAUAGAACGUGAAUUGUUAUAUUAAUUAUGUAUUGAAGUCGAUUCAAGUUGAUUAUAUGGUUUACCGAAUGGAGAAAAUGUAGUGUGAUUAGAAUCAAUUGCAGUUGUGGUAUAUGGUAUUCCAGAAGGGAAUAGAGUCCAAUCGAACUGAAUUAUAUUCGAUUUUAUGAUAUUCCUUAUAGAACAGAUAUAGUGUAAAUACAGAGAAUGUGAACUGAUUAUAUGGUAUUCCCAAUGGAUAACUAUUUGAUUAGAUUCAAUUGGGACGAAGUGGUUUACGGUAUUCCUGAUGGAAAAUAGAUCGUGCGAUGCAAGCCAAUUGAGGUAUUCCAAAUAAGUAAAAUGUGUGAUUAUAAUUAAUUGGAACCGGUUGGAAAUAUACAGUCCAAUCAAAUUCCUUAUAGACCAAAGGUAACGUGAUUAGAGUAAAUGUAAAUUGAAUAUAUGGUAUUCCAAAUGGUGAAACCGAUAAUAUGGUAUUUCUACUGGGAUAUAUGAAGUCUAAUUAAGAUUAAUUGAAUUUUAUUAAAUGGUAUUCCAAUGAAGAAAAUGUGUGAUUCGAAUAAAUGGUAUUCCUAACGGAGAUAAUGAGGUGUAAUGGAGUUCAACUGAAAUUAUGGUAAGCAAAAUGGUGAAAAUGUGGUGUAAUUCGAAUCAAUUAAAACUGAAAAAAUGGUAUUUCUAAUGGAGAAAAUGUGUGAUUGAAGUAAAAUAAAAUUGAUUAUUAAGUAAUCCAGAAAUGGAAUAUACAGUUCAAUGAAUAUCACUGAACUUGAUUUAUAUGGUAUUCGUAGCGGAGAAGAUGUAGCAUGUUUGAAGUCAAUUGAAAUUGUAAAUAUGGUAUUCCUAACAAAGAAAAUAUAGUAUGAUUGAAGUUAAUUAUAAUUGAUUAAUUAUAUGGUAAUCCAAACGAAAUAUAUAACGUAUUAAUAUCUGAUAUACCUGAUGAGACAAUCUAAUUGACGUCAAUUAUAAUGGAUUUUAUGGCAUUCCUCUUGGGAAAUACAUUGUGUGAUGGGAAUAAUCUGAAAUUAAUUAUAUGGUAUUCCUAAUGAGAAAUAUACACACAUUUAAAAAUACUAAGAAAAAAAUUAUUUUGAUUCAUCCUAUAUUACGUGUAUAUAUAGCAAUCAAUAACUUUUAUGAAUUACGACAAUCAUAAAAAACUGACAUAAAAUAAAUCAUUGUCAUUAUACGGGGUCAAUUCAAUUUGUUGUUGGAUACUUUUUUUAAAUACCCUGUAUAUCACAUAUUCGAAUCGUCGUGUUAUAAACGGAAGCGAAUGGUCCUGUAUAUUUGCAGACAAUUUUUUUUAUGAUAUAUAUAUAUAUAUAUAUAUAUAUAUAUAUAUAUACUGCCUUUCAAAAAUUUACAAACACUAAAAACUCUUUAUAAUUUAUUUAUAAAAAAUUUUAUUCUUGACAAAAGUUGAUACGUUAUGAGAAAUUGUCGUAAAAAUCGUCAAUAUUUUAAAUAUUCACAUAGUGUACAGGGGGAAAUAAAAAGAAGGAUUAUUGAUCAGAUCACUAUGAUAUUAAUUGUUUUUUUUUUCGCGGUUUCUUAGUGAAAAUAUGUCAUUGUAUGUAUGUAUAAUGAAUAAGUGUGGAUAAAAAAAUUAAUUGUUACUAAAACAAUUAAGUAAAACACUCUGACUUUAUAAAAAAAUUCUAUUUUUUGUUUUUCCUUUUACAUAGUUUGAAAAUUUAUAAUUUCGAUAACUCAAAUUGCAGUUUUUCAUGUUGCAUAUAUUCGUAUAGAAAAUAAAAUGAAAAUUUUUCGUCUUUUAAAGUGCAGAUUUUUGUAGCUCAGUGUAUAAUCAAAAAAAAUAUUUAAAUACGAAGUACGAUAUUAUUUUUAUUAAAACUUGAAUUUACAUGUUUACUAAGAUAUCUCGAGAAAAAUUAUUAUUUAUAUCUUACACUGAGAAAAAUAUUUUUAUCAAAGAAAAUAAAACAUUAAUUUUUAAUUUAAGUGAAAAUUUAUUAAAAUUAAGAUUCAAAUUUUCUUUCAAGGUUUUAUGAAACGUUUAAACGAUUUAUAGUAAAAAAUUGUUUAAUUUCUUUUGAGGGGGGCAAUAUUGAAAAAUCAUUUUUUUGAAAAUAUCUUAAAAACGUGGAGAAAUAUGAAAAAAAAAUGUCAUACAAAAAAUGUGGGGAAUAAAAUUUCAUAUAAAUUCGUUUCUAAUCAUUUUCGACGUAUUUGUAAUAUUAAUCGAGAUAUUUUCAAUAAAUAAUCAAAAAGAGAGGAAAUUUUUUUAUUUACCUCAAAUUUGCAUGUAAAAAAAUUGUAAUAAUCGAAAAAUUCGUAUUUUGUAAUAUUUUUUAUAAAUUCGAACAUAUUUACAGAAUUAGUAUUUAAAAAAUAAUUUCAAAAAAAUUAUAUUUAAAACAAAUUUUUUUUACGAACUAAAUUUGAGAAAAAUUGCGUUGAAUCUCUAAUAAUUAAUUAAAAAAAUUACUAAAAAGGAAAUUUUGCAUUUUUUUUUAUUUUUGAACCUAAGUACAAUACAAAUGUAUAACUUUUGUGUGGAGAAUAAUGUAAAUUAAUUUUUUUUUCAAAUUUACAUUUGAAAAAUUAAUUUUAAAUUUGUAAAAAAAUGAUAAAAAAUAUGCAAAUCUAAAUAAAAAAUAAUACAAUUUUGUAGGAUCAUUUAAUGCUCAAAUUUUUUUAUGUGAAUUUUUCCCAUAUUUUUUAAAUAUUACAAAACCGAUAAUCAAUUAUUCACACCCCCCCGCCCGCAAAUAAUUUUUUUACAAUCGUUUAGAUGAAACUUUGAAUUUUAAUUUUUUUUUAAAUUUCGGUUUUGUAUAAAAAAUGUCAUUAAAUAUAUUUUUUUUAUUAAAUUAAUAGUUAUUUACAGUAUAUUAAUAUAAUUUUGUUAUAUUAUAAUAAUUUUUAGGUAUAUUAUUUCUAUUAUUUAAUUCUUAAAAAUUAAAAUUGUUAUAAAUACAUCACGAAAGCGUUGUUUUUUUCUAUUUAAAAUCGAUGUUACAUUCCACAAUUGCAUCACUUGUUAAAUCAUAAAAUUUUUAAACUAUUUUUGUAAGUAAUAAAAAAAUAAUUACAAAAUAAA